UCUGCCUCCACUGCAUUUAUCAGAGAGGGAGAAUUAAACCCCAUGGGGAAAAUAUAUGCAUAUAAUGUAAAACAGCCCCCGGUGCAAAGACAUACUGUGGGCCCAGGAUAGAGCAUUGCAGUAUGGGUAGUCAUUUAUUUCUGAAGCGACAACGGGGCCGAAACGAGGAUGUCUCGUAGAAGUCAACGAGGAUCAGCGUCAUAAAACACCGGAAUUAUGAGAUGAGCUCACGAGAAUGGACCGGGAGGAAGAGAGUGGAAUUGGCGUUUAAUAUCCAUUCUGGAUGAGACUGUUUAGUUCAAAUUUCACGUUUUUAAUAGCUUGUUAUUUCGGCUCAGUCCCUUCCAUCAAUACCAUUUAGUCAGCUCCUGAGUUAGUCACUGGAAACUGGCAGAUUUCUACAGUUGUAGCCUACAUGGUUUACUCUGAACUCGCCCGUUUUGCAGCUCUGGCACCGACGGUAAUUCGAUACAUUGUUAAAUGUUUCUGCACGCAUUUGUAGGCAAAGCUUUUCCACAUUGUAGUUCGCGACAUUUUAAUGAGCAAGAGGCUGUAUUGGCAUAACCAAAAUAUGUGUCAUUAUCAAUAUUGGCGCGGCUCGUCUGAUAGUUAAGAGGCUACCCGUCCCUAUGAGCUAUUGUAGAGACUUGAGCUUUUUUUAUGUCGAUAAUAAGGGAGAUUGAAAUAAUAUAAGUAGUAAUCAUUUCGCGUGUUGUUGUCUUCUUUGGAAUAAAACAUGCAUGUGUAUAUAAUUAGACUUCACGCCUCCGUUGGACUCCUCACCCGGAAUGCACCAUCGUAGUUACCCCUGGCAUACCGACUCGCUUUGACAGGUUGGCACACGUACAGCCCACUGUACCCACAGAUGAACCACCAGACCGGCCGUAUCAUCAACGGGAUCAUCAGACUGAAGUGAAGCUCCGAAUAGGCUACCCGACAUCUCCCGUGUUGUAACAGGGCCGCACCGGCAAAAGGACUGCAUACCAUUAGGGGAAAGUCUGCUAAGAAGGUUGCACUUGUCGAAUAUAUAUUCGAACUUCUCUGGCCGUUGGGAUUGGGAGCCGUAGCCUCUUCCAAUUUCCAUUGUGGCCCGUUCGUGUUGUACAUUGCGCUCUAUGCGCACACACGUUGUCUUUGGGUUGUGUUCAAUUUCGAAGUUCAUGUUUGUUUUAGUGUUCAAGUAGCUUGCUAUUCGGGACAUUGCCUCAAUCAGAGUUGUCAGUUGUGAAUAGUGCGACUUUUCAGCCACAAAGAAAUGGUGGUUCGAGUGUUCUGCUGUAGCAGCUGUAGGCAAGUGUCAACAUUUGAAGGAUGAGCCUUGGAUAUUCAUUCAGAGCUUCAGUCAGUGUGGCAGCAGUGCCUGCACACAGAAUCACUCACAUUCUGAGACUGCUUCUCAGAUAAACAUUACAGUAAAAAAACUAUACAAAACGAAAUUCGUUUUUUACUUUAGUGUAUUCAGAUAUGUGUUGAGUUAAACGCUUAUUUAAAGCCAUAUUAAAAGUAGGAAAGUAUUUGAAAAUAGCUAAAAGAAAUGUAGGUUGUUAUCCAUGUCAUGGUUUGGUUUGAGUUUGACAAACUCAUUCUGGCUCAAGUGCUAAGAAAGAAAUGCCCCAGACAUCUGCCAGUCACUUCUCAGUUCCUAUUCGGUUAUGUUUUUUUUAUUCCUGUUUUGUCAACCACAACAAAAAACAGUCGAGUGCCUGAACUGUGCCAUAUUAUCUCAGAGAUGUUGAUUGACGGAGGACUACGUCAUCUCUGUGUGUGCCUCUUCCACCGCCUGUGUCCAUGCGUGACACAGGGUUCAAGCAUGCUGGACCAGGUAUGAGACUGCACAUGCCACGAAGGAACACUGCAGACAACAUGGCCCACGUAGUUAGUUAAGAAGGCUACGACAGAGAGAAUUAUAGUACCCACUUCAGAGAAGAGAGGAGUAUGUGAGUUUAUUUUCCCGCAGACUCAGUGCCACAUUGGAAUCAGUGCUCGGGGCAACCAAUUACAGCUUUGAUUGAACACUACUUCCUGCUCGCUGUGGGAAAUCCACCUCGAUCUGGACUUUGAGACUUUGUCGUAUUCCACUUUUUUUUUUUUUUAUUACUCCUGAUAUCCUCGUUAUUGCCUUUUCCAUUCAAUAUUGUUGGAUAUUGCCAUCUUCAAGCACACUUGGAGUCACUUAACAGGAUGAAAUCUGUCCCUUUUUUAAAAAUAGGGGUUGUUUCAAAUCGUGCCAGUUGGACGUUUGGCAGGACUAAGAACACAUGAGCAGGGUUUUCAUCGGGCCUAGACCACCUUUUUCUCCUAUCCCCACCCUUAAACUGUAAUCCUGAGACUGAGCCAUAAGGCACUGUCACUCCUCUACUCCCUGUCCCACACACUUUGUGGGUUCAAAGGGCGAGAACCCCAGUAGACUGAAAAAGUUGUGUUGCUGUGGUGAUGGGGAGUUCUGCCUCCUCUCUCACCGCAGAGACCGAGUCGGACCACGGGUUCCCGAGCACCCCGUACCCGUCGUCGCCUCCUAUGGGCUGGCUUAGGAACAGCCACAGUAGCCCGGUGUGGGGCACCACCUUCAUUACGCGCCAGCAGCAGCCACCACCACACCCAUACAGAGAGCGCAGCCACUCUCACUCCCCGGGCUCCAUGGCGGCAGCGGUGCAAGGCAGCGAAUGGUCUUGCGGCCGAUGCACCUUCCUAAACGCAGGGGCGGCGCCGCGAUGCUCCAUCUGUGAGGCACCUCGCCAGAAGCCUGACCUAAACCAGAUCCUGAGGCUGAGCAGCUCCGAAGAGCAGCAACGCUGGGCCUGCCCCCGCUGCACCCUCAACAACCCCCAGGGCUCUGGCGCCUGCACCAUCUGUGGCUUUGGACCCUCGCCAAGCACCCCCACACCGACCACAACCAUGGCGACCAUCGCCAAUGGCCUCGUGCCGCCGGAGACUCCCACGCCUGUCAUGACUCCCAUGGUUCUCCUGGAGCCCCGCGGGAAGCAGCCGUCCGAGGAGGCAUUGAGGAGGUCAGAGAGCAAUGGGGAGGUGGGGGACCUGAGUGGCCCGGGUGGACCCGAGGGGCAGCAACACCACCACUUGGGCUGGGCGUGCCCACGAUGCACACUUCAUAAUACUCCUGUUGCACUGUCUUGUUCAGCCUGCGGGGGACCAAGGAAACUGUCGCUGCCCAAUCCCCCUGAGGCAUUGGUGGUGCCCGAAGUGCACACGCCCGUGCUAGGGUUUCCCGUCCACGUGGCCCCUGCCCCCCCGCUCCUCAUUGACUUGACGGAUGACUCACCCACUGCAGCCGCCCCCUGCGAACCCCAGGAGCCCCCCCACAGCCACUUGCCCCCACCGCCACGCUCCUCCCCUUUCACGCCCUUCUCCUCUCUCCAGAACAACCCGGUGCCCCGCAGCAGGAGAGAGGUGCCCCCACCGGGGCGUCCGCCCAAUCCUAACCCCAAUGCCCCAAGCCCAACUUCUCCCUCCACGGCCUGCGUGUUGCCCCAGCACUGCCCUGCCCUCUGCCCUGCCAAGCCCAAGCACGCCCAGCCUCAGGAGCCCUCCUUCCCCAGCAAGCGCCACAGCAUCCUGGAGGAAGGGGACGGCACCCACCCCCUUCCUUAUCACAUCUCCAAGACCCCCGUCACAUCACCACCCACCUGGAAGUGCCAUGGAUGCUCCCUGCCCAACCUGAGUUACUCGUCCAAGUGCGAGGCAUGCCACUCGUCGCGGGCCGGCGCCGACCUUAUCGACCUGGUGGGCUGCGAGUCGGUGCGCUUCACGCCAGCAAACCCCUCUAGUCCGGACUCCAGCACCUGGGCCUGCUCCAAGUGUACCCUACGCAACCCCCCCGGGAUGACCAAGUGCCCGGCCUGCUGCUCCUCCAAGCUACACAGCUUCCAGGAGCCUAGUUCUCACUGCUGCCCGCACUGCAGGCUCCCCGGCCCCUGCUACUGCUCCUCAGCCUCCUCCACAUUGUCUUCUGGACACAAAGCCAGAAAACAGGCCCGGGUCUACCCCUCGCCCUCGGCCACCAGCACCUAUUCUUCCUCAUCCUCGUCCUUCUCUUCCUCGUGCACACUGCUGCAGGAGAAGCAGUGGGGCUGUCCGGCGUGUACACUGCUCAACGACGUCAAGUCCAAGAACUGCGCAGCAUGCCACACACCUCAGCAGUACCUGACACUGCGCAAGGUGGCCAAGCCGCUUAAGAGGAGGGAGAGCAUGCAUGUGGAGGCGAGGCGGCGCAACGACGAGGGCGAAGCCAAGGAACUCUGGGAGGACAUCACUACCUUCUGUCGAGAGAAUGUGGUGAACUUCGUAGACGACAGCUUCCCCCCUGGUCCGUGUUCCGUGGGCUUCCCCGAGGGUGACAGCGUACAGCAGCGAAUCAAAAAGUGGCUCCGCCCCCACGAGAUCAACUGCAACAACUUCAAGGACCGGGGCGUCAAAUGGUCCGUCUUCCGCACCCCGCGGCCUUCGGACAUCCUGCAAGGCCUGCUGGGAAACUGUUGGUUCCUUAGUGCGUUGGCGGUGCUGGCAGAGCGUCCAGAGCUGGUGGAGAGGGUGAUGAUCACCAGAGGCAUCUGCCAGGAGGGGGCUUACCAGGUCAGGCUGUGUAAGGAUGGUACCUGGAUAACCGUCCUAGUGGACGACAUGCUGCCCUGCGAUGAGUAUGGAUACCUGCUCUUCUCCCAGGCCCAGCGUAAGCAACUCUGGGUGGCCCUGAUAGAGAAGGCCCUUGCCAAGCUACACGGCUCCUACUUUGCCCUGCAGGCAGGGCGCGCCAUCGAGGGCCUGGCCACGCUGACAGGGGCACCGUGCGACUCCCUCAUGCUGCAGGUCAGCUCCACCAACCCACGCGAGGAGCCCAUCGACACGGACCUCAUCUGGGCCAAGAUGCUCAGUUCCAAGGAGGCCGGGUUUCUGAUGGGGGCAUCAUGCGGAGGAGGGAACAUGAAGGUGGAUGAUGUGGUGUAUGAGUCGUUGGGCCUCCGCCCUCGCCAUGCCUACUCUAUCCUGGACGUACGGGACGUGCAGAGCUACAGACUUCUGCGGUUGAGGAACCCGUGGGGUCGCUUCUCGUGGAACGGCAGCUGGUCAGACGAGUGGCCUGAUUGGCCGCAGCUCCUCCGCCACGAGCUCAUGGCCCACGGCAGCAGCGAGGGCGUCUUCUGGAUGGAGUAUGGAGACUUCAUCAAGUACUUUGACUCAGUUGACAUCUGUAAGAUCCAUUCGGAUUGGCAGGAGGUGCGGUUGCAGGGCUGUUUCCCCAGCAGAGCCUUUGGUCCUGUUACGGUCACUGCCCUGACCGUGCUGGAGAGGACCGCGCUGGAGUUCGCCCUCUUCCAGGAGGGCAGCAGGCGGUCGGACACAGCAGACAGCCACCUGUUGGACCUGUGUAUCAUGGUGUUCAGAGCAUCGUUUGGCAGUGGCAACAAGUUGACCCUUGGCCGGCUGCUGGCCCACAGCAAGCGGGCCGUUAAGAAGUUUGUGGGCUGUGAAGUGAUGCUGGAGCCGGGCGAGUACGCCAUGGUGUGCUGCGCCUUUAACCACUGGCAGAUGCAUAUCAGCGGAGUGGGGCUGCCCACACCAGUGUCGAGCCCCACGAGUGCACGGCGUCCCACCCAAGACUUCCCAGGGUACAUUCUGGCCAUCUACAGCUCCCGUCAGGUGAUGGUGGAGCAGGUGGAGGCUACCGCUACCACGCUGGCCGACGCCAUCAUCCUACUGACCGAGAACAAGGGAGAGAGACACGAGGGUCGCGAGGGCAUGACAUGCUACUACCUGACCCACGGCUGGGCGGGGCUGAUCGUGGUGGUGGAGAACCGCCACCCCAAGUACUACCUCCACGUGUCAUGUGACUGUACAGACAGCUUCAAUGUAGUGUCCACCCGCGGCAGCCUCAAGACCAUCGACAGUGUACCGCCUCUACACAGGCAGGUGCUGGUAGUGCUAUCCCAGUUGGAGGGCAACGCAGGCUUCUCCAUCACCCACCGGCUGGCCCACCGCAAGGCCGCUCAGGCCUCCCUAGGGGACUGGACCCCCACCAAGGCCACGCACAGCCCCCAGCUCACCCCCGACAUUGACGGGCUGCACCGGCCACGGCCCCUAUGACCACGGCCCCCCCCCCUCUCACACACACAUACACAAGCUAAUGACACACGCGUACGUGAACACACAUGUGCGGAAAGAGGGGGCUGUAUCAAGCUGGAAUACACACAAAACAUUUGGAGAGAGGGGGUAAUUGUGGAGGCAUGCGUGGGGAGGAUGGCUGGACAGAGUACAUGUGGUUUUCCUCCUCCACCUUUUCCUCUAAUUCCUCGAUCCCUGAAGGAUGAGGACUCAACCCUGCCAAACACACCUGGAUCCAGUUGGGAAUUAGGAGAAGAGGGUGGAUUGAUGUGCCUUUUUGGAUGUGGUGGGGGAUGAGGGACACCUCCCAGGUUAAAUCAGCAUUUCUGGGUGACUAGAGUUGUCCUGAGCCUGAGAUCCUCCAACCAACAAUGAAGAAUUAUAUAUCUAGCCUUGUCAACUACAACUCUGUACUGUAUGUCUGACUAUGGACCAGUUACAACUGAAGUCGGAAGUUUACAUACACCUUAGCCAAAUACAUUUCAACUCAGUUUUUCACAAUUCCUGACAUUUAAUCCAAGUAAGAAUUUCCUGUCUUAGGUCAGUUAGGAUCACCACUUUAUUUUAAGAAUGUGAAAUGUCAGAAUGAUAGUAGAGAGAAUGAUUUAUUUCAGCUUUUAUUUCAAAUUCCCAGUGGGUCAGAAGUUUAAAAACAUUCAAUUAGUAUUUGGUAGCAUUGCCUUUAAAUUGUUUAACUUGGGUCAAAUGUUUUGUGUAGCAUUCCACAAGCUUCCCAUAAUAAGUUAUGAAAUGGACAGAAAUAGUGUAACUGAGUCAGGUUUGUAGGCCUCCUCGCUCGCACACGCUUUUUCAGUUCUGCCCUUAAAUUUUCUAUAGGAUUGAGGUCAGGGCUUUGUGAUGGCCACUCCAAUAGCUUGACUUUGUCGUCCUUAAGCCAUUUUGCCACAACUUUGGAAAUAUGCUUGGGGUCAUUGUCCAUUUGGAAGACCCAUUUGCAACCAAGCUUUAACUUCCUGACUGAUGUCUUGAGAUGUUGCUUCAAUAUAUCCACAUAAUUUCCCCUCCUCAUGAUGCCAUCUAUUUUGUGAAGUGCACCACUCCCUCCUGCAGCAAAGCACCCCCACAACAUGAUGCUGCAACCCCCUUGCUUCACACAUUUGGGAUGUUGUUCUUCGGCUUGCAAGACUCCCCCUUUUUCCUCCAAACAUAACGAUGGUCAUUAUGGCCAAACAGUUCUAUUUUUUUUCAUCAGACCAGAAGACAUUUUUCCUAAAAGUUGCAAACCGUAGUGUGGCUUUUUUAUGGCGGUUUUGGAGCAGUGGCUUCUUCCUUGCUGAGCGGCCUUCCAGGUUAUGGCGAUAUAGGACUCAUUUUACUGUGGAUAUAGAUACUUUUAUACCUGUUUCCUCCAGCAUCUUCACAAGGUCCUUUGCUGUUGUUCAGGGAUUGAUUUGCCCUUUUCGCACCAAAGUACGUUCAUCUCUAGGAGACAGAACGCGUCUCCUUCCUGAGCGGUAUGACGGCUGCGUGGUCCCAUAGUGUUUAUACUUGCAUACUAUAGUUUGUACAGAUGAAUAUGGUACAUUCAAGCAUUUGGAAAUUGCUCGCAAGGAUGAACCAGACUUGUGGAGGUCUACAAAACAUUUUUGGAGGUCUUGGCUGAUUUCUUUUGAUUUUCCCAUGAUGUCAAGCAAAGAGGCACUGAGUUUGAAGGUAGGCCUUGAAAUACAUCCACAGGUACACUUCCAAUUGACUCAAAUUAUAUCAAUUAGCCUAUCAGAAGCUUCUAAAGCCAUGACAAUUUUCUGGAAUUUUCUAAGCUGUUUAAAGGCACAGUCAACUUAGUGUAUGUAAACGUCUGACCCACUGGAAUUGUGAUACAGUGAAUUAUAAGUUAAAUAAUCUGUCAACAAUUGAUGGAAAAAUUGCUUGUGUCAUGCACAAAGUAGAUGUCCUAACCGACUUGCCAAAACUAUAGUUUGUUAACAAGAGUGUUUGUGGAGUGGUUGAAAAACAAGUUUUAAUGACCCCAACCUAAGUGUAUCUAUACUUCUGACUUCAACUGUAUAUUACACAGACAGAUGCCAGAACUGCGCCUGUUCCUUCCCUAACCCCCCAACAGAUGUCAAUGAAUGCCCAGGAACCCCACAUCUCAAGGGUUAAAGGUCAUUCAGAGGUCAGGGUGGAGUGCUGUAACUACUGAGCCACCUUGGGGCUGUUCCCCCACUGAGCCAAUCCACUACGUGACCUGACCACCUGAAACCCACUGUUCUUGGUCUAUGGACCCAACUCACCUUACUCAAGGUAGAAGUUGCCUUGAGCUGUUCUAGGAUCAGCUUCCCCUCCUUAUAGCCUAACCUUUGCCAUUGGCGGAAGAACUGCAAAAAUGUACCUUAGAUCAACGUCUCGGCCUAGUGGAAACUUUGUCCUACAUCCAAUAGGCUCUGCUGUGUGAGGUUUGGUUUGGGAUGGAUGGAGGGAAGGAGGGAGGGAGGGAGGGAGAGGGUUAGGUGCUCUCUCCCCCAGGCUCCUGUCCUGCCUCCUUCACCCUGCACCUGUGGAGCUGACAACUAUCAACAGGAUGGGGAGAGGGGUACAAUUAUGAUCCUCUAUUCUACACUCUGGAACUACGUGAGCCAAACCCGACUACCAAUUUUACCACAAUCAUUUACUAUUUUUAGAAGCCAUGUUGUCGUUGCCAGUCUAAUUUUUAUUUUUGCCAGCAUUCUUUGGUCUGUAUUUUGUAUGUGUGCUUGAAUCGUUUAACAAGCCAUCCUAGUGUCCCAUCUCUCUGUUUCCUGUCUGUCUGACGGUCAUCUGUCCAAGCCCUCCCCAGUUUCUCUGCUGUUGAAAUGCUGUGUUAUUAUUUCUCAAACGCAAGGCAACUCCUAUCCACUUCAUAUGAACGCUGGACUUUGAUUUGACAUGUUACAGAAUCAUUGGGUUUCAUAUACAGUUUUCCACAUACACUUAAUUGUACAGUACAUAUAGCAUAGCUGGAAUCUUCAAGUUGUUGGACCUCCCUAUUUUAACUCGACAUUCUGUCGUUCGUUAUCCAUGCUAUCCGUCGCUCCGGAUGAGGCGACAGGUUUGGGACGGUAGCUGCUUUUCAUCCAUAGCUGUUAGUUUUGGGUACGGGGGAAGAGAGGUAGAGAAAGAGCGUAUGGUACAGAUCAGCAAAUUGAGUCUAUCUGGGUGUCGUGAAAAAUAGGAAAUGUAACCUCUUAGCCUCUAUUUUCUCUCUUUCUUCCUUGUCUUACUUUCUCCCUCAGUCAAGCAGUCAAUGUCGAAGGAGGCAAGAUCAUUUUUCCAAUCUCCUGCUCUGUCUCCCUGAGGUUGAUUGACUUUGCACAUUCAGUCAGCCUGCUCACUAUUUGGUACAUGUAUAUCAAGGCUUGCUCCAGCAUUAACAUCAACUCUUCAGAUACACAAAGUUAAAGUCCUGUUGGGAAAAUACUGUGGAGGUCAAUGGAUCAUUGUCAUAUUAAAGUCUCCAUUGUAGGUCUUCCUGAAUUGUUAGUAGUCUCCAGUUUAAGGAGAAUACAUACUAACAUACAUACAUAAUUAUUAGGCAUCAGAUGGAAGAAAAUGUGACGGAGGGACUACCUGGACUUGUCCAAUAAGGAAUGAUAAUUUCCGUUUUUCAUUGCCCGUUCUAAUGAACCGGAUCUUGAAGAGGAAGUGAGUUUGUUUUAGCGUUGGAGGAGUUGUUUGAGCAUUCAGUUAGGUUGGUGCGUCAACCUCCGAAAACAGAGCAUCUGCACUGCUGUCCCUAAGGGACGCCCCAACACAUUAGAGAACAAAUGUAGCUUUUUAAUAAGAAAUUAGAUGUUUUAUUGGACAUGCACACACACACACAAGCACAGAGACACAAGCACAGAUGCACACACUCUCUCUCUCUCUCUCUCUCUCUCUCUCUCUCUCUCUCUCUCUCUCUCACACACACAUACACUGAAGAGGCCCCUGCAAUAUGGUGAUGCAAUGGCGGAAUGUAGUGUUUUCUUCCCUCUCUGGCAAUCUUGGUGCGCUGUGUGCCAUAAUGCACAGGGAGCCAUGAGACUAUGUGAAGUCACAACUAUUAUUCAUGUUUUACGCCGUAGUCGUCAGACUUCUAGCCUGUUUGACACUGUACAGUCUUCAGUCUGGUUUAACCAGGCUAUCAGACGUCUAGCCUGUUUGACACUGUACAGUGUUCAGUCUGGUUUAACCAGGCUAUCGGACUUCUAGCCUGUUUGACACUGUACAGUCUUCAGUCUGGUUUAACCAGGCUAUCGGACUUCUAGCCUGUUUGACACUGUACAGUGUUCAGUCUGGUUUAACCAGGCUAUCGGACUUCUAGCCUGUUUGACACUGUACAGUGUUCAGUCUGGUUUAACCAGGCUAUUGGACUUCUAGCCUGUUUGACACUGUACAGUGUUCAGUCUGGUUUAACCAGGCUAUCGGACUUCUAGCCUGUUUGACACUGUACAGUGUUCAGUCUGGUUUAACCAGGCUAUCGGACUUCUAGCCUGUUUGACACUGUACAGUGUUCAGUCUGGUUUAACCAGGCUAUCAGACUUCACAACACAAAUCCCAAUUUUGAAGCUGAAACAAUGUUGCAUGUGUUCUAAUGUAGUGUCCCAGGAAAUAAUAGAAUUAUGGAAUAAGAUCUUGAGCUGACCAAGUCUGCACGAAGACUUAAUAAUAUGGCUUUUUGACACCAGUCAUGGCAAGUAAAUAGCCUGACAAUGUCAUCAUGAUACAUGCUGUCUCGUGCAAACUACUUCUAACUUGUUGCAUAGCCAACUAGUUGCCUGAAUAGCAUACCCAUGACAGUGUCAGUACUUUAGGCAUUAUGACCAUAAUAUAGUUCAAGUAGUCCACUGUUUUAGUCCAAUUCUAACAUGUACCAGAACACUUUCAGGAUAAUGUUGGUUCGCUCUCUGUGAUUUCAGCCGUGUCGAUUUCCAUUCUCUGUGUUAAUUCAUUAUAGUAAAAAAGAUUUGAUCAAAGCACAAGAGAACCUGCUGUAUCGCAAGUGUAAAACGUGUCCAAGUAAGAUGGGAUACAUACUGGACAUGUAUGAGUGUGUACUCUGUGGAUAUGAUGAGUACAGCGAUUGUGAACAUCCAUUGAUUGAUAGGUGACAGAAAAAUGAAUGUUUUUAUAUAUUUUAGCCGAGCGGGACUGGCUUUUGUCAGACACUGAAACCUGCACUGAAAUAUACCUGAUAUCAAAGGCACCUCAAAUGUCCGUGUCAUGAGGCUCUGUGGCUUCACUUUGCAUGUUGUGUGUGUGCUUACAUGUUUUUGUUGUCGAUAAAUGUCUUUCUUGUUCAUGUUCUCUCGCUGUCUCUGUGUUGUUCCAUUGGAUCAUUCACCUCGUGUUGAGUUGUGGUGGUUAGUGACUCUUCCUUGCAGAAGGGGCCCUGGUGUUUUCUAUAGACUAUGGCCAGUGGUGUGGACUGUGUGGAAAUCUCGACCCUUUGACUAUUCACAGUCUCUGUCUAUCUAUCUGGUUCUUUCUUUGUAAACUGUACAGACUCCAACGCUGUAAUCCACACCAACUGAUACAGUGAACCAACCGUUUUAAUCCAACAUAUUGCUGUAACAAAAAUGGAACUCUUCUUAUUUGGGCAGGAAUGUUAUAUACUGUAUAGAGUAUUUUAUUGAUUUUGAGGAGAAAAUCUAUAUCUUAAAAAAAAAAAAACGAUGUAUGUUUUUCAUCUCAGGUUCCGAUGGGCCAAAUAAAUAAAAACUAUUUUAAAAAA